AUGGCCAUGGGGGUAUCUGCACUGAAGCAGGAGCUCUCAGACAAAUCAUUCGUCACGGAGAUGCCCGAGAUCCACCAGUUUCUCGACGGCUUCUACCUGUCGCGCAUCGGCAUCCGCAUGCUGAUCGGGCAGCACGUUGCGCUGCACGAGCCGCCAAAGCCGGCCCACAUCGGGCUCAUCUGCACAAAGUGCUCCCCCUGGCAGGUGGCGCAGGACGCCAUCAACGACGCCCGCAGCAUCUGCAUGCGCGAGUACGGGACCGCGCCGGACGUGUCCAUUUACGGGGACCCAUCCUUCGCGUUUGCCUACGUGCCCUCCCACCUGCACCACAUGGUGUUUGAACUGGUGAAGAACAGCCUGAGGGCGGUGCAGGACCGGUUUGACGACGGCGAUGAGGAGCCGCCCCCCAUCAGGCUGGUAGUGGCUGAGGGGGGCGAGGACGUCACCAUAAAG